AUGAACCUCAGUCAUCCCGACCAGAACAUGCACAGCUCCAGUGAAGGCUGCCUAGACGACGACAAGCCAGACGUCAUGUUGCCUUGCUUCCGCAGAAACAUGUACGACGAGCCUCUGGCUUCAUACUCCAAUGGAUCCAUCAUCUCUCAACUCCUCCGCAAGACAAUCCACAACAAGAGGGCACUAGAUGAAAGCCAUUUCUACCUUUCCGGCUCCACUGCCGCUGACUCUGGCCAGGAGGACCAGAGCAGCGUCUCCUCAAAGGACAGCACGGUGGAAGCUGCCUCUCCCAGUGCUCACAUUUCUACAGGAGCCAGCCCAGAAGGAGAGCAUCCCAUGACUGACCACCUGCAGGCCAAGAGGGCCAGGGUGGAGAACAUUAUCAGGGUCAUGGCGGGCUCUCCCAACAGCAGGCAGCAUGGAGACAGCGAGCGCUCCGACGCGGAUGCCAGAGACCCCAGAGAGGCCAGAGAAGCAUACAGGGAGAACAAGCGUAAACAGAGGUUGCCUCAGCAUCAGGAACACAGUGUUGGAGGUCCGGCAAACAGAAGACCUGGAAGCAGCAGUAGUGACACCUGCAACACCAAGGAUGAGGAGUGUCACAAGCUGAAAGAGCAGCUCCACAGCAUGCAAAGGCUCCUGCGUCAGCUCCAGGAAAAGUUCCUUCAAGUUUACAACCAGGAAGACCCUGAACACAACGACAGAGAUGACACAGAAGUCACUGUUGAGCAAGACACUCUUGGAGAAAGCAUAGCGUCACACUACAUAAGCGCUGAAGAUGAUUUUGAGAGGAAGAACAGCAGAGUGACUGCAGAGUGUAAGGACCGAAUGAAAGUGGUUGGUUAUCUGGUACACCAAAGAGAAAGUCCGAACCUGCAAGAGACCCUGAAGCUGGAGCUCUCCAGGGCUGUCAAUGACUGUGUGGACAGGGUGUUCAAGAAGGUGUCCUCCACAGGGCUGGACCUGUCCCCUCAGCAGCGCGUGUGCUCAUCUCCAGAGAUGCAGAUCAGCAUGGGUGUAGACAGGAAGAGCCAGCAGGCCGGCUCCACCCAGGAACAGCCCCAAGCUGAGGAGGCAGCAGUGAAACCCCGCUCUUUGGAGUAUUUUGAGAGCUCCGAGGCUCAAAGCCCACAGGACCAGACAGAGGCUCUGUCACUGGUGGUCCGCAAGCCGGCAGUGACCCCUCUGAGCUCAGUCACCCCGACAGUGAAGAGACCCUAUCCUGUGCACCAGACGCCAUUUCAGUUCAAUUACGGCACCCCUCUGCACGACAGCCAGAUCCUAGAGCAUCUACUUAAGUACGGGCCCCAUUCCAACUUUGGGGGUCUCCCUUGCAUGCCCCCAUCACUGGACCGGACCUCCCCAGACUCAGUGGACCUGCCCUGGGACACCAUCGCCAUGAGGUCCAAGGUGACAUCCAGCCACCUCGGCCACCACCCUCGUCCCUCCGCCCUGGGGGCAGUGACAGUCGACAAUCUGUGUCUCCCUCACGUCAAGAUCGAGUGCGGCGAACUGCAGAGCAUGGCUGAACGAAACCCCUACAUGUCACUCAACAUCCAGGAGGGUCUCACCCCGAGCCAUCUGAAGAAGGCAAAGCUAAUGUUCUUCUACACCCGCUACCCCAGCUCGAAUGUGCUGAAAACCUUCUUCCCUGAUGUCAAGUUCAACCGCUGCAUCACCUCUCAGCUGAUCAAGUGGUUCAGUAACUUCAGGGAGUUCUACUACAUCCAGAUGGAGAAGUUUGCCCGCCAGGCCAUCGUUGACGGCAUCAGCGAUGUCAAAGAUAUUACAGUUAGCAGGGACUCAGAGCUGUUCCGGGCACUGAACAUGCACUACAAUAAAGCCAACGACUUCCACGUCCCAGACAGAUUCCUGGAGGUCGCUGAGAUCACCUUGCAUGAGUUUUACAACGCCAUUUCUGCAACCAAAGAUUCAGACCCCUCUUGGAAGAAGGCCAUAUACAAGGUGAUCUGUAAACUGGACAGCGACGUCCCCGAGGAGUUCAAGACAUCUUCCUAUUUAUAG